AGGCGUCUCCCGCGCUCGCAGGGCCGUGCCACCUGCCCGCUCGCUCGCCGCCGUCGCGCUCACACCGCCAACAUGCUGCCGAGACUGGGCGGCUCCGCGCUGCCGCUGCUCCUGCCGCCCCUGCUGCUGCUGCUGCUGCUGCUGCUGCUGGGCGCGGGCGGCGGCGGCCGCGGGGCGCGCGCCGAGGUGCUGUUCCGCUGCCCGCCCUGCACGCCCGAGCGCCUGGCCGCCUGCGGGCCCCCGCCGGCCGCGCCGCCCGCCACCGAGUCCGGGGCGGCCGGCGACUCCCGCGCGCCCUGCGCCGAGCUGGUGCGGGAGCCGGGCUGCGGCUGCUGCUCCGUGUGUGCCCGGCUGGAGGGCGAGGCGUGCGGCGUCUACACCCCGCGCUGCGCCCAGGGGCUGCGCUGCUAUCCCCACCCGGGCUCCGAGCUGCCCCUGCAGGCGCUGGUCCUGGGCGAGGGCACUUGCGAAAAGCGCCGCGACGCCGACUACGGCGCCAGCCCCGAGCAGGUUGCAGACAAUGGCGAUGAUCACUCCGAGGGAGGCCUGGUUGAGAACCACGUGGACGGGACCGCAAACACGUUGGGAGGUGGAGCUGGCCGGAAGCCCCUCAAGUCGGGCAUGAAGGAGCUGGCUGUGUACCGGGAGAAGGUCUCCGGGCAGCACCGGCAGAUGGGCAGAGGCGGCAGAGGUGGCAAACACCCCCACGUCGUCCUGGAGGAACCCAAGAAGCUACGGCCACCACACACCAGGACCCCCUGCCAGCAGGAAUUGGACCAGGUCCUGGAGCGGAUCUCCACCAUGCGCCUUCCAGAUGAGCGGGGCCCGCUGGAGCAUCUCUACUCCUUGCACAUUCCCAACUGUGACAAGCAUGGCCUGUACAACCUCAAACAGUGCAAGAUGUCUCUGAAUGGGCAGCGCGGGGAGUGUUGGUGUGUGAACCCCAACACCGGGAAGCUGAUUGUGGGGGCCCCCACCAUCCGGGGGGACCCCGAGUGUCAUCUCUUCUACAAUGAGCAGCAGGAGGCUCGCGGGGUACACACCCAGCGGAUGCAGUAAACCAUGGCCAGCCGGUGCCUGGCACCCCCGCCCCACCCCCUCUCCAGACACCUGCAGAGAGAGGAGAGUGUGGGCGUGGUGGGCGGGGGAGGGUUUUCCAGGAGUUCGACAUGUGUAUUUAUAUUUGGAAAGAGACCAGCACCGAGCUCGGCAUACCCCCUAGCCUCCCCCUCCCCCGCGGGAGAUGCCUGCGCCCUCCCUUCUCGGUUCUGCUGGGGAGGAAGGGGGCGGUUGCAGUGGGGAGCUGGGGUAAAGGUUUGGGAGGGGGGAAAAGAAAUUUUUAUUUUUGAACCCCUGUGUCUCUUUUGCUUAAGAUUAAAGGAAGGAAAAAUAAAGCGUG